AUGACAAUGUCGAUUGCUAGGAUACAAUCACCAGUUAUUGGCCGCCUGGACCAUCUAGAGGAGCCAUUAUCAUCACCAGCAGGGACUGGUCACUAGCUGAUCACCCCGCAAGCGCAGGAGAGGAACUGACAAAGCUCAACGGAGUUGAUAGCCGAAAACUCUUUACAAGUCUUCAAACUUUCGACAAGAACGACAUCGAGGUUGGAAAGCAUUUAGCGAGAUUCUGAAAUACAUGGACGGGCUGCCUCUAGCAAUACAGCAAAUUGCAAGCAUCAUACCAAUAUACUCUCCCGAGAUUCCUCACUCUCUACAAGCAACAGAGAAGUAUAAUCCAUCAAGAACGUGGGGUAAGCAGCUACGCGUUCUACAAAGACACUCUCCAUAGUUUUUGAAAGUUUCCAUCGAUGGAUCCCGGAGUUGUUGAGAAUCAAAUGAGACACCUGCUUGGUGUCCUUUCCCUCCUUGCGCUGGACAACGUCCCACAAGCUCUUUUACAGCAGCCCAUUUCAGGAAUCGCUACAGACCCGGGACCACGAACGCUAUACGGAAAUGGGAUGCUCCUUUCGUCUUUGUUGAUGAAAUUGCGUUCCACGGCAAUGAUUCGACUGUCCUCUGCUUUGAUCCCAAUCGAUAGGCUCACGCAAGCCGCAUUUCUGGACAUCACGGACACAGGUGACAAAGCUGAGGUUUUCGCCACUGCAGCUAUGCUUGUUCAUCAGGCCUUCCCAAAGCAGCACCGAGGCGACCCGCGGCAUUCGCAAUGGACUCUGUGCGCGGUGUAUUCUCCGCACGUGCGGAGUUUGGCUGAGCGCUGGAACGAAUUCGCCGACUCCACUGAGCAGAUCAGGACUCCGAUCGAGCUUGCGCAAGUUCUGUGUAACGCUGCUUGGUAUCUUCGGGAAAUAAAUGACUUCGAUGGCUCGCUAUCCUUGAUCGAAACUGGCGUUCGAGCUGCAGAGCAAAAUCCCGAUCUACAGGCCGAAUGGGAGCUUCUGAUAGCUCAUCUGCUCAACACUAAGGGCGUUGUUCUUUGGAUCCAAUACGACUAUACCAGAAGCCAGGAAGCACUUGAGAGAUCCAGAGACAUACGGAGCCAGGAGCUGUAUCAGCAAGCGGAGAAAGACCAUGAUAAGUCGCCUGACGGGGCAUACGCAAAAAGGUUAGCGUCAUGUCGGUAUGCAGCAACGCAAGGGCGAUUACAUACUGAGCUUGGAGCUUUUCUCGAGGCCGAGAAGGAUCUUCAGAGGAGUCUUCGCAUUCUCACGUCUGGGGAAGACAACGUCCUAUACAGGAGGGCGAUCGAAUACUGCUUCGGAAAUCUUCGGUUGGCAGAGAAUCACCUCUCCAAGGCCAAAACCCACUAUCAAUCGUGUUUGGACCCUGAGGUAUAUCCAAAGUCUGUGACAGAGAAGGAUCAGCUACGGUCGUGUGGAUGCCACUACAAACUGGGCUAUAUCGCAUUACUAGACGACCAACCAGAAGUUGCGGAUGAAAGUCUUCAAAAGGCGUCUGAUUUGGCUACCGAGACGGGCUCUCUGGGCUGGCAAGGUCGCAUCACCACUUUGCAGGCAAGCCUUCGGCGUAAGUUUCCAGAGGUCUCAUAUAUCCAGGGAGAUACUCACGACCAGCUCGAUCGACGCGCUGGUGCUAUUCGGGCCGCUCUUGCCGCUCUAUCUGCGGAAGAAGAGGGCUCGGGGAAGGAUUUCCACAUAUAUAUCCUAUGGCAAAUCUGGUAAUGGGACUAGUACAUAGUGUAUGAGUGUAGGGCC